CACUCUGCGUCCAGAAACGGGCACGUGAAGGUCGUCAAGGCUCUAUUAGCAUCAGAGCCAGCUAUCGCAAUAAGGAUGGACAAGAAAGGCCAAACGGCGCUUCACAUGGCAGCCAAAGGAACAAACGUGGAGGUCGUAGAGGAGCUUAUCAAAGCGGAUAGAUCCUCUAUCAAUAUAGCAGACACAAAGGGAAACACUGCGCUGCACAUCGCAACUAGAAAAGGCAGAUCACAUAUCGUCAAAUUGCUGCUAGACAACAACAUAACAGACACAAAAACUGUUAACAGAACAGGCGAAACGGCGCUCGACACAGCGGAGAAGGUUAGGAAUCCAGAGGUGGCUCUCAUCUUGCAGAAGCACAGCGUCCCCAGCGCCAAGACCAUUAAGCCCUCAGGGGCUACUAACCCUGCUCGUGAGCUGAAACAGACAGUGAGCGAUAUCAAGCAUGAGGUUCAUAAUCAGCUUGAGCAUACGCGCCAGACCAGAAGACGCGUUCAAGGAAUCGCAAAACAGCUCAACAAAAUGCACACAGAAGGUCUCAACAACGCGAUCAACUCAACCACUGUCGUCGCCGUGCUGAUAGCUACCGUGGCGUUCGCAGCUAUCCUCACUGUCCCGGGGCAGUACGUAGAAGACACAAGCAACCUUCCAGAUGGACAUUCAUUAGGAGAAGCCAACAUUGCAUCAACGACACCAUUCAUAAUAUUCUUCAUCUUUGACUUCAUCGCACUCUUCAUCUCCUUGGCAGCUGUGGUGGUUCAGACGUCGGUGGUGGUGAUAGAGAGCAAGGCCAAGAAACAGAUGAUGGCUGUGAUAAACAAACUCGCAUGCGUUCUCAUGCGUUCUCAUCUCCGUUUUGAGGAGGAUCUCAAUUUGUCUAAAAUGGUUUUGAUGUUAAAGGUAGGUUCGAAUACGUUCUACCCUGAUUUUUCUCAUCGGUUCGAAGAGCAAGAGGGUUGUGUGCUGGUAACCGAAAGUUCUUCUGUGGACUCUACAUCUAAUGUGAAGGCUCCUGUUAAACGUGAAGGAUCCCCAAUCGAAAGAAUAGAGCCAGCCUUUUACCAGAGUUCUGCUAACAAUCAUGGUCCAUCGGUAACGAUCAAGAAAGCGAAGACUGAAAAAAGUGGCUGA